AUGCCGGCAUAUCAUUCUCAAUUCAAUAAUAGGAGUGAAUUUCGAACAAUUGGUAACAUGGUGUUGUUGCCUAUAAAGACAAAAAUAAAAGGACCAGCAACACCAGCACCUGCGACAGAAGACGAUAUUAUUGAUGAAGCAUUAGAUCUUUUUAGAGCAAAUUGUUUUUUUCGAAAUUUUGAGAUCCAAGGCAAUGCGGAUAGAGUUUUAAUUUAUCUUAUUUUAUUCAUUAGUGAUUGUUUGAGUAGAUUAGCAAAAAAUCCAUCUCAGAAAGAUGCACUUAAAAUAUUGAACACUCGUGCUUUAGAUCAUUUUGCGCUUCCUGGAGACCCAAAUUUUCCAUUGAAUGCUCUAUACGCUGCACCUAGCAGAGGUGAAGCAGAUGUUUUACGACAAUAUUUAACACAAGUUCGUCAAGAAUUAGCAAAUCGAUUGGUUGAGAGAGUUUAUGUUGAUGGGAAGCCAAGUAAAUGGUGGAUGUCCUUUCAAAAAAGAAAAUUCAUGAAUAAAUCGUUGUAA